CGACAGUCCUCCACCCCUCGAUGCAACACAAUACACGAUGCUAUCGUCCGUCGCUCCAGCACCUGGAGCCGUCGCACGAGGACAUCGUGGAGACGAGCCCCCGUCGUUAGUUCGACGCUGGGUCGAGUGCAUUGUGUUUGCGAUCUACCUCGGUGCUUCCUUGGCAUUGGCGAUAGCUUACAACCACGUCCUUGUCCCAUCGACCGCCAACGAUUUCUUCUGGUUUCAUUACAAUGCGUCAGUUCAAGCAUUCCUCAUGGACGCCAUCAACGCGCUGCACUCCAUGUCGAGCGCGCCGACGCUAAUCAGUUUGACGUCGCCCAUGUUUGCCCAAGAUCGACCGUACGGUGCCGACACGACCCUGCUGGUCGAGUGCCAAAGGUCAUACCCUCGGCAUUUGUUGUACACUCUUCUCACCGACCUCGAGUCGCACAUUGAAUCGAUGCGGUCAAUGCAAGCCGUCAACCUCGUGUGGGUGCCGACGCAGUACUGCUGGGUCGAUUUUGCCAAGGCGUGGGAGCUCGGGCACACGUCUCGGCGCCAACAACGAUGCGUCAACCGAUACACGCGCAACGCGGCCAUGUACUUGGAAGCAAUGUUGCGCAACACCGACAUGAAGCACUUUAUGGCGGCCCUCGGUGGUCCAGACGGCGAAUUUACGGUUGCCAUCCAUCGCGCGUUGAACAAGUCUGUGGCAGGUCGGUCGUUCAUGGAGCGCCUCGUGGUGGAGCCGUGGCUGACCGUGCCCGACGAAGCAUCUUACUGGCGGAACCAAAACGCCACGGAGUGGAAGCUCCAGUACAUGAACUGGAAACAAACCGGAAGCUCCGACACAGUGUCCAUCAAUUCGGCCUUGGGCUAUGUGUACAACAUGUCGGUGAACGUGAUUCCGUACAGCAUGAUGGCAUUUCAAUGGACGACGUUCAACAUGUACGCUGAAUUUUUCAACGAUUUGUAUGCUGCCCAAGCAGGAAACUUCAGCUUGAUUCGAUCGGACGAAUACUUUGGGGCAGAAGGCAUCGAGUCCAACGUGUACAUGGGUGGCCUCCUUCAAGACGCGAUACAUGAGCUCUUGGGACCACUCAACUCGAUCGACUUGUAUUUGGUUCCACUGCCUUCGCCGUUGGUGGCGCUCUACCGGAGGUUUCGGUCGCAAGCGUACUCGACGGUAACGUUGGGGGAUGGAUCAAACGCGCUGCAAACCAUGUGGCUGGAAAUGGCCCCCAGCAUUCGCGUGAUUCCGUCGAUUCAGGCGUGGAAAAAUGACUCGUUGGUGUUUCUUGGCGGAAGUCCGCUGUGUACGUUUAACAUGACCACUCCGUUCUUGCAGCAAGAAUGGGGCUUCGAUGAUCUCUGCGAAUCACCAACCCCACUGGAAAGUGUCUUGACGCGCCAUAGCGUCCUCUUUGCCGUCGCGAUGACCUCUCUCUCGUCCAUGCAAUUCGUUCAAGCCUCGCGACUGUCCAACAUUUGUCUGUGGAGCGACGACGCUCUUGCUUGUGAAUCCACGUUGACCAACGCACACGCGCUCGUUGAUGUGUUCCUUCCUCGCUUCAAAGAGGAAGAGGCAGCGACGUCGUUGGUGGCCCAAGUCGAAAGCGCCAUUCAAGCGCUUUCGGUCGAGAUCAUUCAAUUUGCGUCCGUGGUGGAAUCGGGACAGCCUGUGCUCUUGCGCCAAGUUGUCCUGGACGCCACCGACCCGUUGAUAACGUUUCUGGGGUGGAAUUACUUGUUCAACUGGGUAACGUUCACGCGCGAAGUCGUCUUCUAUGACGGCGAUGAGGCAUCGCUCAAUUUACUGUCGUAUCAAUACACGACCAACUUCAAACUCCAGCCGAACCUUGAUCAGUUGCCACGCAACGUCGGCGGGUUGCUCAUGUACGGUGUGUGGUACGUCAGCUUUGUCCUGACCAUCGUGGCUGCGGUCCUGCUUUUUGUCGUCCUCGCGGCGGGGGUCCACGACUCGAGUCGCAACAUGCUUCAGUUUCAUCGGGUGGCCAGUUUCACGUGGGUCGGUCGGCCCCUAUUGCUCCUGCGCGGUGUCACAGCUAUCGCUUUGGUCAGUUCUUCCACCACAGGACUGACGUCGAGGCAUGGCGUGACAUGGCUGGAGCACGUCCCUCGAUCAACGUGGCAGUCGCUCCUCGUCGCGAGCGAAGUCACGUGGCUGUCGUACAUCAUGUCGGACGUCGGGUUGCUCGUGGCGGAAACGUAUUCAACGUGGACUGCACCUGUGAGUGCUCUCAUGUCGUUUAUCGCAGUCUUGGUGCUGGACGUCAUGUAUCCUCUGGACUUGACGGUCAACACAAACAAUCGGACGUGUCAAAUCAUUGACUUGGACGCCAACGUGUUCUGUCAAAGUGCCGCGAUAUACAGCGGUAGCUUUGAACGCACGCUGGCUAUAGUUUGCGCCACGAUUGGAAGCUGGCUCGUGUGUACUGCGUCGAGUUACUCCAGGUUACUUUGCCACUGGCGAUUCCGGCCUCAGCAAGACAGCCACGUGUUGUACCCUAGGGCGUCGACAGCCUUUUUCGCUCUUAAGUACAACGAUGGCGGACGCAGUUGGUUAGACCACGGGUCGCAAAUCAUGUGUGGAAUCUUGCCUGUCCCCAAGAUAUCUCGUGGAGCUCUGACGUGGCACAAGCAUUACGUUUUUUCUGUAACAUCGUGGCUCUUUGUCGAUCUCUCUUCAUCGAAGCCAAGGCAAGUCGCUGUCGCUAAACUUGUUCCAUUGGAGUCCACAAAGGCAGCCACCAACACGGCGCAGUCGACUCGUCAACCCAGUCAAAGCAAUGUCGCGACAACUGUGUCCGCAAAGCAAUUCUUGUUUGUCGUGGCCGCGUUAUUGUAUGUCGGUGUCACCUUGGUUAGUAGCGUGAUGUAUCUCGGCGUCCUGCAAGGUCGUCUGUCCAACGACGCAUGGUGGCGAGGCUUCAACUCGACGGGGGUCCAUUAUUACUUGGCCGUGUUGGCGAACAACCUGCCAACAGUGUGGUCCCAGCCGUCCGUUCGCACAGUAUUGGAAUUGGACCAAGCCAUGUACAGUCUCCGCGGGUUCUACAACAUCAGCACCAACAAUGAGAUUGCCUUCUCGCCUGCCUACGCUCACGCAACCACCUAUCACGUGUUCCAGGACCUUCUCGCAGUUAUUACAGCUUUGCGCAACAUGGACGGGUGCCAUGCUCCGUGGAUUGCCACGCAGUAUUGUUGGGUUGAUUUUGAAAAGGAGUGGGAAUUGGCCAACACCCUACAACGCCAACGUCGGUGUGAGCGCCACGACUCGCGAAAUGCCGCUGUCUUUUUGGAAUCAAUCUUGCGCAAUGUUCCAAGGUCCGAAUUCUUGGCGUGUUGGGGUCACUCGUUUCAAGUGGCGAUUGCCAACGAGUUGGAGGUCUCUCAAGCGGGUCGGUCGUGGCUAUUCGCAACGCUCAGCGUGACUUUGUCGAGUGAAGUUGACGAAGUCAGCACGUGGCGCAGUCACGGCCUCGACUCAUUUCACACGCAAUGGCAAAACUACAAGGUGUCGGGGAUAUUGGAAACCAUCGACGCCGUCAACGCAUUCGGGGUAUCGUACCCGCUGACUCUUAAACAAUCGAACGGGACGUGGCGGUUUGAAGCGCAGACAACGUUUAAAAUGUACUGGAUGUGGGGCAGCGACCUAUGGGCCGUUGGCCAAGCCACCAACCAAUCUUCGGUGAUAUCAGGACGGUCGUUGGUGCGGUCAAGCUCCCGGUAUGCCUUUGCCAACACGUCCAUGACAAAUGUGUUGGUGCACAACUCGACACUCAUCGUGCCGUUGGUAUGGUCUGCCCAGUUAUUUCAAGACACGUUUGGGCCGUUUGGGUCUAUCGACAUGAAAUACAUCGCGAUGCCAGCGACCGCCGCGUCCUUCCUCGGCGAGUUUCACCUGUACCUGUCCAAAUUGCUCUACGCCAACCAAAACGCCACCGACGACUUUGCCCUAAUUCCCGCCCGCACGUACAUGGCAUACCUUCCACCACAAUGGACCCCAGACAACAAUUUCUCGUUUGGGGGAGGCAACCCGCUUUGCACCACAAUAGGGCCCGCGAUGGAAAAGUUCGCCUUUGCCUACCUUGACCUGUUGUCGCCCUGCUCGCAAAUUGCAGUCCGAGAAGGGUCGUAUGUACCCCCCGGAGAAGUGUUUUUUGCGAUUGCUGCGGCGCGGACCAUCAACUCCACGAUAUCUCCCAGUGGCAUGUGUGAUCAAGCGACCGAGCAAAGCAACUGCAGACGGGUCAUGACGACAGCUUGGCCGUAUGCGAUGAAGUACUUGAGUCAAUCCUUGUCCAGUCAGUCAGCGUUGACCGUUGCCAAGACACUGCACCAGCUAGACGUGAACCUGUUUCAAUAUGGGUUACACCAGGGACGUCACGUCAUCACGACAGCCAAUGCGUUUGAUAUGACCAUUGCCGGAGGGUUUUGGGGCUGGAGCUACCUCCAUCAGUGGGCUGUCGGCCAACGUGAAGUCGUGUGCUUGACAGGGGACAUUGCGUCUGUCACGUUGCUCACUGCCGUCGUCAAGAGCUCAGCAUGCACACUCAAUCCCGCUGAGAUCCCGCACAGUUUGUCCUUGUACUUUAUGCGUGGCGUCCAGUACGUGACGAUAAUGUUGAUGAUGGUGGCGUCGGUCGUUGUCAUCGCAACAGUCGUGGUCAGUUGGGGGAACGUCGAGCCGUGGAACUUGUUCAAGAUAAAUCGUGUCGGUGGCAUCGUCUGGGUCGGGCGACCACUCCUCUUUCUUCGAGCGACUUCUGCCAUUGCAUUGCUCAGCACGGGGUCGCUGGAACUUGAAGUCAUGCCGACGACGCGACGGACCAAGUUCAGCUCCCCACCGCCCACGACAGCCUUUUCCGUCUUGGAAACGUGUUUGAUAUCGGGCGAAGUAUGCUGGCUCACAUACGUUCUGAAUGACAUGCUGACCGUGUGGACGAAAGAAAACACAAAGGGGUAUGCAUGGCGCAGCUCCCUCCUCCUGUGGCUUGUCGCGUCCAUUUUGCAGGUUGUGUCGCCGCCGAACGUCUCCGCUACGCUGCAGCGGCAAUGUCGCACCGUGAACUUUGAUUUGCAGAUGGUGUGUUCAUCCGGCAUGAUUGCGAUCGGCAACAGCUCCAGGUUUGCCCACCUUUUGUACCUGUCGCUCGGAAGUACUGCGGUCUGCUACGCUGUUGAGAAGUAUCGUCGACCCAAACUCCCCCCCUCAAGAAUCCCGUCUCUGCUUCUGUACUCUUUGUCAGUGUACACGUUCCCGUUUGUGAACUGGACCGACUCUGACGGCCAUGUGUACUUGGAUGCGGCCAGCGCCUUCCUCAACGGUCUCAUUAUGGUGCCGCUUAAGGGCUUCAAGUUCUACGUCCUGGACAUCAAGACGUGGCGAGUGUUCACCAUGCCCAUGUCCCAGCACCCCCGCUUUAAGCGUGCCCUCGUCUUACCGCCAGAGCAGUCAGCGUAGUUGGCUAGGCUGUUCGUAUCAAUAAAAUGUGGCCAAGGAAUGAACCCGCCCGUUCACAUCG